CUUUCAGCGCCAAGGAUGUUUGUCUUGCUCUAUGUUACAAGUUUUGCCAUUUGUGCAAUUGGACAACCUUGGGGUAAUCAGUUCAAAGGAGAAAGCUACUCCCCAAGAUAUAUCUGUAGCAUCCCUGGUUUACCUGGACCUCCAGGCCCCCCUGGAGCAAAUGGUUCCCCUGGGCCCCAUGGUCGGAUUGGCCUUCCGGGAAGAGAUGGUAGAGACGGCAGGAAAGGAGAGAAAGGUGAAAAGGGGGCUGCAGCUAGCAGGCAAUGGCUGGAUGGAGGAAUGCAUGAAUGGAUGGACAGACAGAUGGACAGGAGGGGAGAUGCACAGACUAACCAGAGGCAGAAAUUCAGGUCAAAAGCACAGAACGGCCUCUUCUCAGACCCAGGUUGGGCAGACAGCUUGUUCUCCGGAUUUCUCCUAUAUGUUGACACAGAUUAUCUGGAUUCCAUAUCAGAAGACGACGAACUGUGA